GCGGAACUGGGUGUACUUCAACGUCGCAAUGGGAAAACUUAUGUCCGAUUGAUUAAUCAAAGCGAAGUCGACACUGUGAUCCGAGCUAUUGAAGCGGAAGUGGAGACACAGAAAAAAUGA